AAUCUUUAUGAUUUGAUUUAGCCUUAAUUAAUACUGUGUUCAAGUCAUCUCUAAAUUAAUAAAUGUAAAUAUAAUAUAUAGGUAUAUAUAUAUGAUAUCUUGGGCAUGGUUACCAUUACCAAAACCAAUUAAUAUUUACCAAUAAAGGUAAAGUAACUCUUUUCUGUUAUGGCAACUUUGGCAGGGAAACUUAUGCAUGCUCUUCAGUAUGAUAACUGUGGCAAAGCUUCUGCUACUGCUUUAAAGCAUGUUGAGAUUCCAAUACCUGUUCCUAAGAAGAAUGAGGUUUUGGUUAAAGUAGAAGCAUUGGCUCUGAAUCCAGUUGAUUGGAAAAUUCAAACAGGCAUGUUGCGCCCUAUUUACCCUCGCAAAUUCCCCCACAUUCCUGGUACUGAUGUGGCUGGAGAAAUAGUAGAGGUUGGACAUGGUGUCACUAAAUUCAAAGUUGGUGACAAAGUUGUUGUUACUCUUAACCAUGCCAAUGGAGGUGGACUAGCUGAAUUUGUUGUGGCUAGUGAGAACUUCAUAGUCACUAGGCCACCUCAAGUUUCGCCAGCCGAAGCUGCAAGCUUACCGAUUUCAGGCCUCACAGCACACCAAGCACUCACUCAAAUUGCCGGGAUCAAUCUUGAUCCAGGCACAGCCGAAGUUGCAGUUGCCAAUAUUUUGGUAACUGCAGCCUCUGGUGGUGUAGGACACUAUGCUGUCCAAUUAGCAAAGCUUAGACAAAACACACAUGUUACAGCCACUUGUGGCGCCCGUAACAUUGAGUUUGUGAAGAGCUUAGGUGCUGAUGAGGUUCUUGACUACACAACCCCAGAAGGGUCAGCUCUCCAAAGCCCUUCGGGUCGAAAAUAUGAUGUUGUGAUCCAAUGCGUGACAGGAAUUCCUUGGUCCACACUCGAGCCUAAUCUUAGUAAGAAUGGGAAGGUUAUUGAUAUCUCUCCAGGGCCAGCUUCCUUGUGGACUUUUGCUCUUAAGAAACUUACCUUCUCUUCCAAGCAAUUAGUGCCAAUUAUAUUUGUGAACACAAAGAGUGAGAAUUUAGAAUAUCUUGUGAAGUUGGUGAAUGAAGGAAAGCUUAAGACCGCAAUCGACUCGAAGUAUCCGCUUAGCAAGGCUGAAGAUGCUUGGGCCAAGUGUAUUGACGGCCAUGCUACUGGGAAGAUCAUUGUGGAGCCUUAGGCUCAUUCUCUUAAUCCAAUUUUCAAAUUUCUGUUAUUUUUAUUGGUAAAAAAACAGAUGGAAAUGAAAGAGAGAAUUGACAUUUGUCAUAGUAGUCAUUUGGAACUUUGGUAGGUAACCAAAUAUUUGGAUUUUGGAGAAGUGCUGUAAUAAUUUCUCUUAAUGAAAUCAUGGCUGCCAUCAAAAUGUUUACAACCAAUUUAUGAUAUUUUAUAUAAAUAUUAUAAUAUUAUUGAUCAUAUAGCUCUGAUUGCUCAUGCAAAUCUACUAACAUUUUCCA